AAUGAUAAAAUUAUUAGAACACCACGAAAUUGGCGGCGACAUCGACAUUAGUGUCGUCUAUAUUUUGGUGUUUGCUUUUUUUUCGCCGGUUUUCAUAACUUCGCUUUCAAUGGAGUGCGUAUAAUAUAGUGCAGAUAUUCAUUAGUGUGUUCUGCGUUGGAGAGACAAUCUUUGUUAUCUGCUAGGGAAGUGGAGCAGGCAUAGAAUGUUUAAGCGAAAGCUUACUGCCCUCGGAUACCACAACCCUGAUAGCUUCAAUAUUCAAAGUCAAGGGGAAUUCCGUGCUCUUGUGUCGUGGCUGGAAGACCAAAAAAUCAGACACUAUAAAAUCGAGGACCGGGAUGGCCUAAGGCAGACGGAUUCCUCGGACUGGACGCAAGCCUACGAAGCUUACCUGACGGAUCUGGGAUGCCCGCACAAGAGUAGCAACCAACGAGCUGUUGCAGACUACCUUUUAGCCCUGUCUGUGCGUCUUGAAUACGGAGAUAAUGUUGACAAGUUUAAGGAAGCUAGUGCGGAGAAACUGAAAGAAGUUGUGCAGUCGAGUGCACCAACGGUCGUGAAUGAAAAUCCUUUGGACAACUUAAACUUUGAGAGCCAGGAAUUUAAGCAGGGAGUAAAAGCACUUGCUCAGUAUCUCAAUGUCGCACAGCAUCCCGACCAUUUAGUCACCCUUCAGGGGAUUUGCAGUCUAGUGAGAGAUCGGCUAUCGGUAGAAGGACAGGAAAGAGUAAAGGAGCAUAAGCAGGCAACGCCCUACCCCUUGAAAGAGAGUAGUCUUGGUUUUGAAUCUGGAGACGCUGUGCUGAACCACGCGGCAAAGGUCCUGCGACUGCUGUACGUCCAUGAUCUGCGUGAUCUGCAAACCCGCAUCAACGAGGCUAUUGUGGCUGUGCAAGCCAUAACAGCAAAUCCAAAAACCGACACGCGGCUUGGUAAAGUGGGUCGCUGAAUUCGAGUUUUUCCUUUAUUUUUUUUUCUAGUAUGUUCUCGCCAGGAUGGUGGUGCAUUCGUAUCAAACGGCGUAUUAAACUGGGUCCUCUCGGAUCCUAUGGACGUAUAA